CCAUCCUCCAUCACACAUAGACAACACCAACAGCCCAGCAAUGGACGCGACGGCAUAUACAGUCGUCGCUCCCCUCGAUGAUGGCGGGGAGCUUCAGCCUUCGGAACUCCGCCAGAUUCUCCAGCGCGCCGAUGAUGAAACUAAGCUUGAAACGCUUCGCCGCAUCAUCAUCGCGACCCUCAAUGGCUCCUCGCAGCCGAGCUUGCUAAUGCCUAUCAUCCAAUACGUCCUUCCGAGCAAGAACAAGCAGCUGAAAAAGAUGCUUCACUUCUAUUGGGAAGUCUGCCCCAAAUACGAUGACCAAGGCAAGCUCAAGCAGGAGAUGAUCCUUGUCGUCAACGCGAUUCGGAAUGACCUGCAACACCCAAACGAGUACAUCCGAGGUUCGACGCUUCGCUUUCUGCAGAAAAUAAAGGAGCCCGAGCUCCUCGAGGCAUUGAUACCAUCUGUCCGGUCCUGCCUCGAGCAUCGCCAUUCCUACGUGCGCAAGAAUGCCGUUUUCUGCGUCGCCCAGAUCUACCAGCGCCACGAGGCAAUGCUCAGCGACGCCCCGGAACUCAUGGAGACGUUUCUGGCCGCCGAACAGGACGCAACGUGCAAGCGAAACGCCUUUGUGCUGUUGUGCAAUGCUUCGCCCGACAAAGCCAUCGAGUACCUCUUGAGCCAGUACGAGGCCAUACCAGCUAUGGACGAGCUCAUGCAGCUGGCUGUCAUUGAACUGAUCCGAAAGAAGUGCAAGGCAGACAGCCCGCACCGGACAAAAUACAUUCGCGCCAUUUCCGAGCUCCUCUCCGCGUCGUCGCAUGCCGUCAAGUACGAGGCCGCGAUUACGCUCACCUCCCUCACCCAAAACGCGGCAGCCAUAAAAGCCACAGCAUCGGCACUUAUCGACCUUGUCGCGAAGGAAUCGGACAACAAUGUCAAGCUCAUUGUCCUCUCCCGUCUUGACGCUCUGCGGUCGCGACACGAGCACGUCAUCGAUCCCCUCGUCAUGGACCUCCUCCGGGUGCUUUCGAGUCCAGACAUGGACGUCAAGAAAAAGGCACUGGCCAUUGCUUUGGAAAUGGUAUCGUCCCGUAACAUCGAGGAGGUUGUUCUUUUGCUCAAGAAGGAGCUUAUGAAGACCGUUGACGGCUCAAGCGGCUUUGACAAAAACAUCGAGUACCGCCAGCUGCUGAUUCAGUCGAUCCACACCUGCGCCAUCAAGUUUAGCGAGGUGGCCGCCAACGUCGUUCAUGUCCUUAUGGAGUUUCUCGGGGACUCAUCUAAUCCAAGUGCAGUCGACGUCAUUAGUUUUGUUCGCGAGGUUGUCGAGAAAUUCCCCGACCUGCGCUCGAGCAUAUUAGAAAAACUCUUGAGGACGUUCGGAGACAUCAAAUCCGGCAAGGUCUUCCGCGGAGCGUUGUGGAUCGUUGGAGAGUACUGCGAGAGCAUUGAGGACGUUCAAGAGGCCAUGCAGCAGAUUCGCAAGGUUGUGGGUGAGGUCCCAAUCCUUGCGGCCGAAGAGAGGUUGUUAGAACAGGCCGAGAGUGCAGACGGUGAAGAGGAAACGAGAAAGCAAAAGGAUGAGGCGGCUCCCAAAGUCGUCAGCCGUGUCCGGGCCGACGGCACGUAUGCCACCGAGACUGCCUUCUCGUCCGAGGCAAAUGCCAGCGCUAGACUCGAAGCCGUCAAGAACGCCUCCAAGCCUCCGUUGCGAUCGCUCAUUCUCCUCGGCGACUUUUACACGGCAACCGUCUUGGCCUCUACGUUGACCAAAAUUGUCUUGCGCUUCUCAGAGCUCAGCAGCGAAGCCGGAGCUAAGAACGCGAUGCGGGCCGAAGCCAUGCUCAUCAUGACGAGCGUCGUCCGGGUGGGUCAGUCUAAAUUUGCCCAGGCACCCAUCGAUGAGGAUUCCGUCGAGCGAAUCAUGACAUGCGUCCAGACGCUGGCGACGGCGGCAACGGAAGAGGAUGUGGCGGGCAAAGAUGUGGAUGCAGUCGAUGUCUUCUUGAAUGAUACGAAGCAGGCAUAUGCCAAAAUGGUCGCCGCCGAGGAGCGCAAGGCGGCAGAAAAGGCGCAGCAAGCAUCCAGAUUGAUCAAGGUACAACCGGACGACCUCAUAAGUUUCCGACAAUUGUCGAAAAAGACAGCUGCAGGCGCGCCAGGAGCUGAAAUGGGUGUGGAAGACUACGAGGCCGAGCUGACGAAAGCCACUGGCUCAUCCUCGCAGACCAAGGACGACUUCAUCUCGAAGCUCCAGAGGGUUGUGCAGUUGACCGGGUUUUCAGACGCCGUCUACGCAGAGGCUUACGUCAACGUCCAUCAAUUCGACAUCCUUCUCGAUGUCCUCGUUGUCAAUCAGUCUUCCGAGACGUUGCAGAACCUAACGAUUGAAUUUGCAACCUUGGGCGACCUCAAGCUCGUUGAAAGGCCAUCGAGCCACACUUUGGCUCCCUACUCGUUCCAAUCGAUCAAGGCAACCAUCAAGGUUUCUUCGACUGAGACGGGCGUCAUUUUCGGCAACAUCACCUACGAGGGUGCAGCGGGCACAGGCACAGCGCUGAGCGGUGAGGCUAAAUGCGUCGUUCUCAAUGACAUCCACAUCGACAUCAUGGACUAUAUCAACCCUGCCACAUGCACGGAAAGUCAGUUCCGCAGCAUGUGGACCGAGUUCGAGUGGGAGAACAAGGUCAGCGUCAAUACGAACAUCAGCGGGCUGCGAGCGUACUUGGCCCACAUUAUGAAGUCGACAAAUAUGGCUUGUCUCACUCCUGAGGCGUCUCUGGCAGGCGAGUGCGGCUUUCUCUCGGCAAAUCUCUAUGCGCGAUCGCUCUUUGGCGAAGAUGCUUUGGCAAAUCUGAGCAUCGAGGAGCUCGAAGACGGAACAAUUCAAGGCCACGUCCGCAUCAGGUCGAAAACGCAGGGCAUCGCGCUUAGCUUGGGAGACAAGAUCACUCUGGCCCAAAAGGUGUCGAAGGAAUAGACUUGCUUUCCUUUCCUGCUACGUCACAUCUUGUAAUAGUAAAUCAGCCUCUUCCUUCCCUCUCGAGCAAGUCAAUCAAGCUUUCUUUGAAUGGGAUUAGUGUUACAAUGCAGAUGUUGUCGGGUGCUUGGUCGUCGACCGCGAUGAAUGCAAGAGAAUGGACGGAUGGGAGGCAUAUCGUGCUGCUUCUCAAUUGGUCGCCCCUUCGUGACGAGCCUCAUCGCCAUCGGCGUACCCCUGUGCGAUACCCGCCC